AUGCUUGGAGUAGAGUACAUGUACUUUGCUGGUCCAUUUUUGAAUCGUAUGCACUUUAUUUGCUUAGAUGCCCUGAGUAACUUUCCGUAUGUUGUCGAAAUGGGGUCAACGACAUCUGAGACAACAAUAAAAGCUCUUCAAACUAUAUUCGCUAUCGAAGGUUUGCCAGAGACACUUGUUUCUGAUAACGGAAGCCAAUUUUCUUCCUCCGUGUUUGCAGAGUUUUGCCAUGAAUUGGGUAUCGUUCACAUUAAAACUGCGCCAUUUCAUCCAGCUUCAAAUGGUGAAGCCGAGAGAAUGGUGCGGACGUUUAAAACUGCUAUACAAAAACAAAUUUCUGAAGGUGUCAAUGAAAGAGAUGCUUUAUUAACUUUUUUGACUUCUUACAGAUCAACACCAAAUGUCACAGGCAAGUCACCAUCUGAGCUUUUACAUGGUCGACCAAUGUGUUCCUUGCUUUCUCAACUGAAGCCGAUGUCAAAGCCUGAUAUCAAAACAGUUUCUGCAAAGUUCCACCCAGAGCAGCAAGUAUUUAUCCGUAAUUACGCCCGAGGCCCGAAGUGGAUUACAGGUGUUGUUCAAACUAAGAUCGGGAGGAAGAUGUAUCAGGUGAAAACGUCAAAAGGCACUGUACGUCGACAUCAGAACCAAAUGCGUGGUGUGUUAUCUUCAAAAGAAUUCGAUGCCGGCCAACGUCUAAUUGACAACACUAGAACGACAAGUCCGCAGUUGGAAGUUGAUAACCGACCUUCUACAUCAGUGCCUCCUCAAAGUAUUUUAAAGCCAAUUGAGUUGAGGAGAUCUACCAGGCCAUCAAAACCUACCGUCAGAUUCCAGUCCACGGAAACACUUAGAAACAGAAGACGUUGA